AUGCCGGACAAAUUACCUUUCCAUAUUCAAGAGGAGAUCAUCAAAAGGCUUCCUAUCAAAUCAUUGGUUAGGUUCAGCGUCACUCAGCCCCAACAUCUGCUUUUAAGGUACGAAGAUCCGGUCGAAACUGCAGACAAAUAUGUCUCUUUUCUAGAUGAUGACACUUUCCCUAAACAGAGGUUUGUUCAUCCCCUUCCCCUGUCAGUUAAACUACUUAAACCCUCAAGCUUCGUCGGUAGCUCUCAUGGGUUGUUCUGUUUGCACGGUUAUUAUUGGGAUCGAGAUGAUAGUUUUCCCAACUUGGAAGCAUCUGUUCUUUUCAACCCUUCAGUUAGAAAGUCGAUUGUUGUUUCUAUGCCUAAGAAAGAUCACGAAUUUUACAAGAGCCAUGAAUCAGUUCUUGGUUUUGGGGUUUUUCCCAACACCAAUGACCCUUUUGUGAUCCAGAUUACACAAUUUCGUAUGCUUAAAAAGAGAAGUGAAACAAGCGACCCAUGGAAAGUUGAUGUUUACACAUUAAGCUCUGGGAAUUGGAGAAGUUUAUCCAGAAAUCUACCCAGUAAAUCAUUUGGAGUUACAGAGCCUCAGGUUAUUAUUGAUAGGUUUAUCUAUUGGUCUGCUUUGCAAACGAAGAUUAUAGAUAGUGAGUUGCAAACUCAUAAUCCAAUUAUGUCAUUUGAUAUGAGUAAUGAGAGUUUUAAAGUGGUAAACCUCCCUGAUAGUUCAAGUUCACCCAUUCAAAGCUUACUAGAGUUGUCUAUUUCAAUUUUUAAGCUAAGGGACACUCUUGCAAUGGUUGAAUUAAGGCUAGAAAAUGACAGAUAUGUUUCUGUUGUAUGGAUGAUGGAGAAUAAUGUUGAAAAAUCAUUCACAAAGCUCUUCAAAAUUAAGAUGCCAUUUCGGUCGAUUGUGUUGGGAUUUAGGAAGAGUGGUGAAGCUAUAAUGGAAGUGGAAAAUGAUGAUGAUUAUACUUUUGAACAAAGUAAACUUGUUGUCUAUGAUCCUAACUUAGACCAAUUCAAUGAUGUUGAGAUUUGUGGAACCUCUGAAUCGUUCUUUGUGAAAUCCUACACUGAAACACUACUUUUGAUCGGGUGUUCUGAUUGUGUAAGUUAUGAACAUGAAUUGGAGUCGAAGAUAAUGAAUGCAUUGCAACGUCGAGUGAAGAGCAUGCCACUUUUGGAUCAGGAAAUUGAGGAGGAUGAUAUCUUCAGAUUAUUUGAAGUUGAUAUAAAUUGA